GUGAGUGAGUGAGUGAGGGGGUGGGGUGAAAGAUGGGGGAAUUAACAGCCAGAGCUCGGUCAAAUGGGGCGAGCGAUGCGCAACGGCUGACCGGACCCUGACCAAGUCUGACUGUAGUAGUAGCGAGUUAGUUACGUAGGGGUUUACUGGGAGGAGAGGGGGAAGAAGACGGGGUAGGAGGAAAUCUAUACAAUAUUUGCCCGGACCAGCCCGACACACACAGAGCGAGAGAGAGAGAGGGAGAUUGGGAGAAGGCUCUCGAGCUGGUGAGUCCGGCCAAUGGAAAGAAAAGUUGUGGGGGGAGUUGGUUGAAGAUCGAGGGCGGAAGGCGACCUUCUUAUACACAUGGCCCGCCCCGGAACACCACCUCACGUGUCGCGCUGCUCUCUCAGCCUGUUCGCCUCUGGACCGGCAACAUGCACGUAGAGAGAGAGAGAGAGAGAGAGAGAGAGAGAAAGGACAUGGACAUAUUCUAAUCGUGCAGCGAAUCGCGGGCCCCAUGAACAGACACAGCGAGAGAAAAAAAGUUCACCAACUCGGCGGACCUCAGAAUCGCAGGGCCCUUCCUUCGUCCGACCUUCUCGUAGAGUCAGUCAGUCAGUCAGUCAGUCAGUCAGUCAUACAGAGCUCACGGCCUUGGCAAGCAAGAGACCAUAUUGUCGUUGUCAGAUUCUCGAGAUAUCUUGGCGCUCACUUCGGGCCCUCCCUCACGGCCUCGUCGUCGCAAGUCCGCAGAGAAGUGGAAUCAAUUCUUCCUCCUUCGGGCCUUCGGGCCUUCGGGUCGCAUGGUAGGACCUACGGUGGUUCCAGGUUAUGGCCCGAGAAGAGGGGCAGGGCAGGGCAGAGAAGAGAGAUGGGCGGGGCAGUCAGCUCGAUUCGACUGAUUGCUGGCCCGAACAGACGAGCGGCCCUACAAUUUCUUGGGCGGCUGCUGCACGUCACCCAACCCGCGCACUGUCUCGAUCGAGAUUCUGCUCGUCACCGAAAAGAAAUCGGACUGUUGUAACAGGCGGAAACUUUGCUCCAACUCCUGUGGCUGCGGGGCACUGACCAGGGCGGGCUCCGGUGCACUGAGCAGGAACUCGUGUUACGUAUGGCUCGUCCGACGAGUACAGACAGAUCGGACAGAGCAGAGCUCAUGAUUGCGCAUCCAUCCAUCCAUGAAGGAAGGAGGAGGUCGUGCAGAGUUGCCUUUCGUGGCAUCACAUCACAUCACAUCGCCUGCCGCAGCAGCAGCAGCAGCAGCAGCAGCACGCAGCCCAGCGAUUGUUCGAACUCGGAUCUCUAUAGCAUGCGCGAGCCGGGGCGUGGUCCCUGAAAUCGCUCCUCUCCUGCAAACAGAGCGCCAGCACACGCCGCACAGUCCCAGAUUUAAGUAACCUUUUCUAUAUAUACUCCGUGCCCCACAAUUUGGGAUCUCCUCGACCAUCCCUUCGUCCGAUUUGCGGCAACCCCUCGACACCAGGAGUUUUUUCGUCGAUCACAUUUGCUAAUUAUGAGGUGCUGUGCACCAGAGUCGCACAUCAGCAUUGACUCAAGUCUCCCUCCACUCCCACUCCCAUCCCAUCACAGAGGCCACUCUUCCUACUCAAUUGACUCCAUCGUCUCCUUCACUUCCCAGAGCUGGUCAAGUUUAGCUUCUGCUUCUUACCUUGACAGGCAUCCACGGGAUUCCCCGCCCCUGGUAAACGUGAUUUUCAUGGUUAGAUAUUAAAGUCGAGUUCCCAUCAGGCCUUGAGGAAUAAUUCACGUCCUCGAACUGAGAGGAAGUGUAGGCCUGUGGUCUGAAACAUUAUAUAGAAAGUACAUCAGGACAAUACGGAGAACACUGCAGAAAUCAUAGCUCGGAUGACGACUGCUCGAAGAAAGCAAAAACACUCCAAGUGACCCACUAAUUUUUUGGGUUUAUCUAUCGAAGUAAAGCAUCCCUUUGAUUCUGGAGUUUAGAAGGUGGUUUUAUAUUUUGUUACCUUAUAAUCUAGGCACCUGAUGGACGUAGCCUAUUUAAAGUUCCUGGCGCCCGGGGUUUCUGCAAGCAUUUGGGAUCGUGUCGGCAUUUUCUAUUGCCUUUUCACGCAUGGAGUGUAUGCCUCGAUGAAGGAGCUAAACUCAAACGUGGAAGUCAGUGUUUGUUUUCUUGCUUGUACGGAUUGAUGGGGUGUUCUCAUCGAUUUGGUUAUCCAUUUGGCCUCCUCUCUUCUAAAGGCCAGGAGAGGCCAUCAAAUCAAAUGUAACCUGUGUUGUUUGUUUUCUAUGGGGUGAAACAUGCGGAUUGAUGGGACGUACAGAUGCUUCCAGCAUUUUUGCAAACCGUAGGCACUGUCGUUCCAGAAUGUGUACAAGUAGUGAUAUAGUCACAGCGAUCUGAUUGUGUUUUUCAAUGUACAAAGAUACUUGAUGAAUGACGAAGAGGUCCCGAGCUUGAAUCCAAGAGCAGCCGUUUGGUGCUGAUGGAUGGGUUGGGCUGGGUUGCUUAGUAACCCAUCAACUCAGGCACUAGCAAUGAUUGUACUCUCGUAAAGUGCUGCGCUUGCACAGAGAGAGGCAUCGAACCUGAGCACUUGACAACCAUGGAAGUUCAUGCAUUUGCAAUGGGCACACUGUUAGUAGUAGUACUGCUUACCACCUCGAAAGCACUUCUUAGACUACAUACAUACAGCAUCACUUCGUCCAACGUGAACACCCAUGUGUCACAUGUCCGUGCAAACAUCAUAAUCAUGUGCUAAUCCAUCUCUUGAGGGGCUGGCUUCUAAGCCCGAUGAGACAACUGGUGCCUUCUAUUAUGGCAUGGCAAGGCUUUCCAC